CGUGCGUGCGUGCGUGCGUGUGUGUGUGUGUGUGUAUUUAUUUGUGUGUAUUUGUGUGCGUGUGUGUGUCCUUGAGGGUAAACUCCACAGCAGCUCGACAUGAACCACUUGUUGAAAGUUCCCGUGGUGGCCAGCCGGGCCUUCAGCAGCACCGCCGGCAGGCUGAGGAACAAGGUCCCCGAGGCCCAGAAACUCUUCCAGAUGGACAACGGGCUGCCGGUCCACAUCAAGGGAGGAACCACCGACGUGCUGAUGUACCGGGCAACCAUGACGCUAACUAUUGCAGGAACCGGCUACUCUCUCUACUGGCUGCUGUUCGCCGCGAUGCCUCACAAGUAGAGAGGAGGACGGCUCCGUCUACUUCCUGGAGAGAGACGCUCGGCUCGGUGUGACACUAAUGUUUGUUGUGUGUGGAUCCUGGUCGUUGUCCCCCGUCCCACCCGGCGGGACCAUGAUGAUCUAAAAAAAGAUCCAAAAUAAACUCCCAGAAUUCCA